CCCGCAGACUGCAGACUUUCUAUCGGCCGAUAGUUUGGUCGGCUUGUUAAUCAGUAUGGAGAGUUAUGCGUAUGCGCACAUUACAACGAUUCAGUAUCGGCCGAUAAAAAAGUUUGAUGGGCUUCCCGAUUUCCUUCAAACUGAUCUGUCGGCCAACUGUCGGCCGACUGCUUAAUCAGUAUUGGCUAACUUCCACGUGCGCACACACGACGAUUGUUCAAUCGGCCGAUGGCUCAGUUCGCUCCGGCCAUUGGCGUUGGACAGUCGUUUCGUGCGUAUAUUUUUAAUAUGGCAUCGCCAAAUUCACAAUCGUUGAUUGUAGAAACGUCCAUCGUACAGUUGAUUGAAGAAGUCGAGAAAAGACCUGCGCUUUAUAAAAAAACUUUAAAAGAGUACUCCGACGCAAAUCUCAAGAAAAAAUUGUGGGAGGAAGUUUGUGAAGCAGUUGUUCUUGGUUGGAAUCACCUUAAUGCCGAGGACAGAACAAACAAAGGUCGCGAGGUGCAAAAAAAUGGGCUAAUUUAA